GGGGAGAAGCUGGAUCGGAGCAGGGGAGCCGCGAGAAGAAGCCGCGAUCCCCUCCCCUCCAACAACACCCCCAGCGCCUGCAGAGUUUGGACCGCGCAGUCCGGGGAGGAUAACAUAGUUUCUACGUACAGCAGCCUUUCUCAGGGAUGUCCAAAGUAUACACCAUUUACAGCCAGGAUAGAUUCGUUGUCCAGGACUCAUCAUCUGCACAAGACCUGACAAGACAAACAGAUCCAGAAGACAACUUGCCGAGAGAGCCGUAUUUCCAAAGACUGGCUUGUGUGUAUUAGACAUUUGGUGGCUACCUCCAACAUUUCAGGCCUGGACGUGAGGCAUCUCUUGCAGAAAACCCCUCGCAAUUCCGGUUAGGAAUGGUUCCCUCCCCACCGGAGACAGCAUCCCUCGGGCAUCACGGCGUUCCUUGCCUUCUCCCUCAGGAGUCCUUGGCCUCUCCUUGCGGCCAUAUUUGCUUCCCAGUCUACUAAUGCCUUGUGGAUGCGGAGUUUCAGCGACGCAGGAAGGAAGGCCUACCAACUGCCUCAGGCCAAUCCCUAUAGGUCUCUGGGGGGCUGCCCCACGGAGACACCGAGCCAGCGCAGGGGCCGUCGCCAUGUCUGCCUCCUGAGAUGCCAGGCUGUUGGGCGACAUGGAAGCCGCCAGUGCCAAAUCCUUCUUCUGGGAGGCUUUCCCGCCCAUGCCAACUUGCCGGGUCUACUGCAGCCCAACCUUCCAGGAUGGGCACCUCUUUGUGGUGGGGGGCUGCAGCCAGCAAGGCCAGCCCCUGGACACGGUGGAGAUGUUGGAUAUUGUUUCGCGCAAGUGGACGGCGCUGCCUCCAAUGGCCACCCCGCGGGCAGGGGCUGCGGCAGUGAUGCUUGGCAAGGACGUGCUGGUGAUCGGAGGGGUGGACGCCACGCAGAGCCCGCUGGCCUCGGUCGAAGUCUACCAUGCGGAUGAGGGCAGGUGGGAGAAGAAAGCAGACCUUGCCCAGGCUUCCAUGGGCGUCUCUGCAGUCGAGAAAGAUGGUGUUGUCUACGCUCUAGGCGGGAUGGGUGCAGACACCUCUCCACAAGCUCUGGUGCGAAUGUAUGACCCGGCAAAGGAUCACUGGCAGCCCCUGCCUUCUAUGCCCACCCCCUGCUAUGGGGCCUCCACUUUCUUGCACGGGAGCAAGAUCUACGUGAUGGGAGGAAGGCAAGGCAAGCUGCCCGUAACGGCCUUCGAAGCCCUGGAUCUGGAAGUGAGGAGCUGGACCCGCUACCCGAGUGUGCCCAGCCGGCGUGCCUUUGCCAGCUGUGCCACGUUGGACGGCUGCUUUUUCAGCCUGGGAGGGCUGCAGCAGCCGGGACCCCACAACUUCUACUCCCGGCCCCACUUUGUCAACACUGUGGAGAUGUUUGACUUGGAGGAGGGGUCCUGGAAUCGGCUGAGCCGUGCCAUCCGCAUGAGGGACAAGAGGGCUGACUUCGUGGCUGGACGCUUGGGUGGCCGCGUGGUAGCAGCAGGCGGCCUUGGGAACCAGUCAAGUGCUCUUGGAUCUGUGGAAGGAUUUAACUUGGCGAGGAAGAAAUGGGAGCCCUUGCCGCCCAUGCCCACCGGCCGCUGCUCCUGUUCCAGCUUGGAGGCUGCCAACCUGCUCUUUGUGAUCGGAGGGGUGGCCCAGGGUCCCAGCAGCGCCGUGGAGGCCCUGUGCCUUCAGGAAGGCGUCUGAGCGAUGCUUGCCGGCGGAGAGAUUUCUUCUGCCAAUACAAGCCGAGAGGACUAAAGUGCCUGACGACGACGGGACAUGCAUACAAGGGAGCAGGGAGGAGAGCAUGUGCUUCGUUGCCGGCGCGGCGCCCUGCAGCAGCGACCUUUCCCUUUGCUGUUCUCCAAGUAGCUCAUUUCAUCUUUGCAAAGCAUAGAGUAGUAGCUCAGAGACUGGGGCAGCCCUGCACUGUCAGCAGGGCACAGGCGAAGCGCCUUAGCAGCGCACCCAGCCAGCCGAAGCGAGGUCUACUACUUUCUCAGUGCCACGGCAGGCGCAGAAGGUCCCCUGCUUCCCAGCCAUGGCUUCUUCAUUGCGUGCAGCCUUCCGACUCCAAAGGAACAUGGCGAGAAUAUGGGCUGCGCCGUGCUCAGGUUGAAGCGGCAGAGCGAUGGCCAACCAGAAUGCUCCAUUCAGCACCCUCCCCUUUCAUUGUCUGUCCCGCUGUUGAACUUUAGAUUGUAAGCUCUCUGGGGCACAGGCCUCCCCUCCCCUUUCCUCCCUCUUUGCUUAUGCUACUCCGUAAACUCGCCAUGUAUAACGGAUAUCAGUAGUGCUAUAUUGACAGCUCACGUUCUACUGCACCGCUGUUAAGGCUGCCAGUAAAAGGGCGAGCAAUGAGCCUGGGAGACGAACGCAGCUGUGAAGCAGCCAUACAGCCCAAGACACAGCUCCACCUGCAUUCUUGCCAUGCUCAUUGGGCUGCGUGGGUCUGGCCCUUAACUCCGAAGACAGCAAGGUUUCCUCAGCAGGCUCUGGGGAGGAGCGGUGGAAGGUGCAGGCACAAAGCGGAGCAGGCACUCCAGUGUUUCUGCUUUUGAGUUGCCAUUGCUAUCCUUGCGCUGAUGUCUUUUACGCUGCACAGCUGAGUUGACUCCAGGAAGGCCGGGUGCAGCCACGACACCCUCUUGUGUGUUCCUAACUUGGUCUGUGUCUCAUGUAGCACAUAAGGUGCCCUCUAGCCCAGUGCCUAGGAGGUGGUGUAGCACCUCAUGCCAAUAAAACCAGUGGAUUUUUUUCUCUC